GGAUAACCGGGGUUGCACCUAGGCGAAAAAUCAUUAAGAGCGGGUCUCCGGGUAAAUCGGGUGUAAAUCGCGAGCGUGGUGUCGCCCUGUCCUCGUUAGAGGAUCCCUCGGGGCGGAGGUGCCGGCGCGCGGCGUCGGACUCGCGUGCACGUUGCGCGGCACAUUGUUCCCACGUUGACGGUGCGAGCCGGGUGAGCGCCGCGAGCGUCGCGGACCCUCCGGCGGUUUCGGCCGGUCCCGGCGGCGACGCAUGAACGGCCGGUGCGCCCAGUGAACUCGCGGCCCGGUCGGGAUCGCACUGGCGGCUGACGAGGCAGGGGCCAGGCCUGCCAAGGGCACCGGGGGCAUGGAGUGGACCCGCGACAAGACGCUGGAGCUGCUCAGGGAGUACCAACAGCGGCGCGUCCUCUGGGACUGGAACGCCCGUGGGUACCGCGACCGCGCGCGCCGCAAGCGCGCCAUCCAGGAGCUCGCCGACAUCAUUGGCUGCAACACCCUCGAGGUAGAGAAGAAGAUCACCAACCUAAAGUGCCAGUAUUCCCGCGAGGUCCACAAGAUCCAGAACAGCAAGAACGUCGCCACCGUGCCCGACGACGUCUAUGUCUCCAAGUGGUUCGCCUUCAAGGCCAUGCAGUUCCUGCAGUUCGGCACGCGCAAGUACUGCAAGAGGAAGGUUAAGAAAGAAGAUGACCUGAAAGAAGAGUAUAUCGUCAGUGACAUAGACCCUGAGAGCAUAGCAUUCGUUGAGUGCAGUGAUGAAACAAAUGGAUCUAUAACUGAAUCAUUUAAUGCUUCGCUCAGUGAAGAUGCAGAAGAAUCCUCGUCUUCCUUGAAAGUGGAACGCUUCAACGGCCAGGUGACAGAUCACUUCAACAGCCAACUAAUGGAACACAAUAGUUUCCUAGGAUUGGACGAAAGCGGACAGAUGACAUUAGAUUCAGAAUCACCAGAUCGCACAAAGACUAAAGAAGAAUUUUUAAAAUUUGGUGAAAGCGUAGCUGUGCAACUUGCUGAGAUUCCAGACUCUUACUCAAGAGCAGUGGCUAAACUAAGAAUCAAUCAAAUUCUCUUUGAAGCAGAAAUCGGAGCAUAUGCUCAAACUCGCCGUUAAUUCUUAUUCUGUUCAUAUACAACGAAGGGCGCUACCGCGGUAGAAAAUAUGUUACAGAAGGGUGAAAUGUUUCUGUUUGACAGAAUCGUCCUUGUAAGCAAAUGUGGUUGUGGAUACAUAUGUCCAAAGUGAAUGAACAAAAAUUGUCCAAUGCAUUCUGUUCCAAAGGAUUUCACAAAGUGACUCUAGAGCAUUGAAAAUUUAUUAUAAUAUUAGGAGAACAAACGAAAAUGAGAACUGCACAAUUCUUUAUAUUUUUGUCUGAUUAUCGUAUUCAAACAUGAUUUUGAGAGAAUUAGUCAUGUUAUCAUUUACCAUACUAAUGAAUGAUGAAGAUAAUACUGUAACUACUUGCAGAAUCUUGUAAAAUGAUCACAGUAUCUGAAAUUUGUCUAGGUGAAGGAUUGAUAAAAAUGUAUAUAAAUAAGAAAGUCAGAGGUGAAAGGGUUCAAAGUUGAAAAGAGACAGUUUUUCGUGACAAUACACAGGAUAACUUUUAUAGAACAAAAAUAUUCUCGAAUUACUCGAUAGGUAGGCUUCGAAAACGGUUGACUUAAUUGUUGCAGUAUUUAAAAUUUGUCAAAUAUACAUACCCGUAAUGUCAAAAAAACGAAUAUAAGAAUAAUCUAAAAUGGUACUCGAAAGAUAGAAUAGUAUUUUUCAACUUAUAUUUUUCAUAUAGGUUUCUACAUUAUUUUUAUGAUUAUAAUGCAUUUUCAUUUUUAUUCCAUUCAAAAAAAGUUUAUGGAUACUGCAGAUCUAAAAUUUAUAUGGAAUAUUAACAGUGAAUAGAAACGUAUUACUCAUGGUUUUGCUACUUUUUGGUUAGUAGUAUUUUUUUUUAGAAGAGUCUUUUUUGCAAGUCAGGAUUCAGGUAGAAUAUGGUAAAUAAGAACGACUCAAGAACAACGAAAGACUGCUUAUCAUUGAACACAGUUCAGUGGCCAUUGAACGAAGUUCAAUUAUCAUUUAUUGAUCCGGUAUCAGUUUUUUUUUUUUUUAAAUACUGUUUUCAUCACAAAGUACUUUUGUACACAGGCUGGUGGAAAGAAUGAAGUCAACAUUAAAAAACAUGUUAGAAACAGACCCGCCGUUUUAAAGAUACAAUGUAAUGAUUCGAGUUCCCUGUGAUUUUAUAAGAACAGAAAUAUGCUCUUUUCGGUUUAUCAUUUAUAUCCGAUUCUUAAAUUCGUGCAGAAAUUAAACCAUUUCAUUAACUAGACAUUUCGUAAUUCCUCAAUAUUAUAUAAACGAGGGGCACUAUAUUACAAAACGUACUGACAAUUCAAAUGUAGGUUUUCGUUUGUAAAGUGGGUUUAAUUUAAAAAUCAUUGAACUGCGCUCUUGUCGAGUUCCAAAGGACGUUUUGAUAAUCAAUGCCGUAGAACGAAUGGAUUUGCACAAUGGUGGAAAUACUUAACAAUCAAAAAUGUCGUAUAAAUGUGCGUGCUUGAGUAUGUUUUUUACGGACAGGUCGAGUGUUAUACGUACACAUUUACCGGGAUUCUAUUCAGAGCUUUAAAUGAGAAAAAAAAAAUACGUAGUUAACACUUAAUCUAAAGUAGACAGGCUAUUUUUCACAAAGAGGAAGUGUUGAGAUGUAAUCGGUAAUGUUUAAGUCGGCUCAUAAUCGUUAUAUUCGUUGGGAAAUUGUAAAUACGGAAAUCAUUAAUUGAGUACUUCUAUAUAUUACUUCGAUCGAUCUCAGUUUCUCCGUUGAGGUGAUAUGAACGGCGCCAAGAAAUUGAAUUGACGUCGGUAAAAAAGAAUUCUGAUACACCAUCUAACUGAUAGACUUUGUGCUACGGCGUUAAGAGCGAAAGGAUUAAGGAACAACUCUGACCGCGGAAGGUUAAAAUCGAAGGAAUCGUUUCCAAACUUUACAUGUAUGUCGAGAAGCCCUUGCGUUUUGAAGUCUGUUUAAAUAAGAAGUCUUCUGUUUAGAAGGAAUCAUUACUUUUAUAUACUCGUUUUAAUCUUAAGAAUUGUUAAUAGGACUGUAACAUUUCUGCUCCUUAAUAGCAUCCCUAAGGUACCGUUCGAUUCGUUGUUUUCAAAAUUGUAUGUACUUGCCCCAUUUUUAAUCAAACGAAUUGCAUAAAAGAAAUUAUUUAUGAUCCUCUUUUAUAAAUAAUCUCCUUCAGUUAUGCAUUUUAGUCUCGUUCUCAUUUUGCAGGGCAAAGAAAUUCAAGUGUUAUUGUGUUUCGUUCAAAAUUGAAUUCUGGUUAGAUUCUUAUCUUUUGUGUUUUUAUGUAGUCAGUACCGGCGAAAUCGAAGGAUUCAUAUUGAUUUAAAGAGUACCGUUAAGUAUAGCAUACAUGACAUUUUAAAGUAACCUGUUGGCAUUAAAAAAAAAGGUCUAUUUAAUAUUGCCAAUUGUUUUGGCAUGUGCGAUUGGAAUGUCUGUUAGGAAGAUUUUUUUUUUUUUAUUUUGUUCAUAGAGUUGGAUUGCGGUGAUAUUCAUUAUAUUCAAUCUGUCUCUGUAAGGGGGAGGUGAUAACAAUGAGGGCUGUUAUUGGAGCAAAAAUGUCUGAGACCUUGUUAUUAGUGUAUUGGAUUUUGCCAGUCUGUCGGUUAUUCGUUACUGAAGGACAAUUUAGAUACUCUUGGUUAAUAUUAAUCGCACUGAUCAUGUAUUGUUUCUUCUGUAUUGAUGUUGAUGAAAGUUUUUACGUUUGUUAAAUGAACACUCGUGUAAGAUCAAAUGUCAUAGUUGAAUAGCUAUUAAUAGAGACUUGUGCUAACGAAUUAUUUACGAGGUACCACCGACUUUACUUAAUAUAAUUUCAUUAUCCUCCGCAGUGCUGCUAUUUAAAUGCGCCGAUUUGCAGUUUUAUUCUCUUACUUUUGUAGUUGUUUUGUGAUGAUAAUAACUGCGAUGUAGUGUAUCGAUUUUAAUAUUAACGUUGAAUUAUUAAGCAGUGUGAAUAAAUUAUACAAUGAAGAGUUUUACGAACGCAUAAUUAAUGUUUUGUAGUGAGAUGAUUGUUUUGGCAAUUUUCUCUUAUUUUGUACGCCAGCGAGUAUGAAUGGAAACAAAGAGAAACUUGGAAUGAGCGAUUUUGUGGAUAGGUUGUCUUGUUAGUAUGUAUUAAAUACAAUAGUCGCCUUGCGACAAUCAUGGAAACGUUGCAGAGGGUGCUGUAAAAUUUUGCUAAUUGUGAUCCAUUAUUAUUUCGUUUUAGCUUUCCGGAUAAAUUACCAAUUUUUUCCAAAGCACACAAUGUAUGAAUUGUCUAAUUUUCAUAUUAUUAUGUAAAAGGAAGGCUUUGGCACAUUACAUAUUGUAACAUGUGUAACAGAAUUCGUAGUUACGGUUUAUAUAGCGCUGUCCUUGUUGAAAAUGGAAUCGAAAAGUCCUGUACUAUUCUUUCCUACAAUGAAGUUCGCGAUUGAUUGGCUGUGCUUCAAUUUGUUAUUACAGAAAAUAUUUGCACUGUAGGGAAAAAUGGUACAGGACUUUUGACUCCAUUUUCAACAAUUAUAGUGCUGUAUAAAUUGUGACCACGAGUUCUGUUAUACUCUGUAUAGAGACAAUUUACCGAAUGUUCAUGUUGGCAGGGCUGUGAACAAAUAAUGCGAUUCAAAUUUCCUUACAAUAUUUUUCGUGUCUUUAUUAGUGACCUGUAACUAAAAGAGAUUCGUGCCACGUUUUCAAAGAUCGCUGAAACAUUUCCUCGUGGAAGUAUCAAUAGUCUUCUUGUGCAUUUAUGCAUUUUUUAUGUAAGCCUUUUGGAGAUACGUUAAACUUUGUACACUUUUGUUCAAUAAAAUGUUUAGCGUUCUUUAAA